AUGACUGGGUCGAACGGGACCAAAAACGGGCACGGCAAUCCUCUCCGCUUCCUCGUCUGGGGCCAAGAGGGCUGGAUUGCCGGCAAGCUCAUGAUUCUCCUCCAGGGCCAGGGCAGGGACGUGCAGGCCACCGCGGUCCGCAUGGAGAAUCGCGAGGCAGUUAUCCAAGAACUCGCCAGAGUCAAGCCGACACACGUCCUCAACGCGGCUGGAUGCACCGGCAAGCCCAACGUUGACUGGUGUGAGGACAACAAGGAGGAAACGGUGCGGUCCAAUGUCAUCGGGACGCUCAACCUGACCGACUGCUGCUUCCAGGCCGGGGUUCACUGCACCGUCCUUGCCACGGGAUGCCUCUAUCACUACGACGACGCCCAUCCUGUUGGUGGCCCCGGGUUCACAGAGGACGACGAGCCCAACUUCCGUGGCAGCUUCUACUCCCUGACCAAGGGCUGCCUCGAGACAGUCAUGAGGCACUACGGCAACUGCCUCAUCCUUCGCCUUCGCAUGCCCGUGGGCGACGACCUCCAUCAACGCAGCUUUGUCACCAAGAUUGCGGCCUACGAGCGCAUAGUCGACAUACCAAACAGCCACACUAUUCUCCAUGAUCUCCUUCCCGCCGCCUUACUCCUGGCGGAGCACAAGGAGGUCGGCGUGUACAACUUCACGAACCCCGGCACCAUCUCUCACAACCAGGUUCUUGAUCUCUUCCAGGAGAUUGUGCGUCCGGGCUUGACUUACAAGAACUUUGGCGUGGAAGAGCAGGCCAAAAUUCUCAAGGCAGGACGCAGCAACUGUGAGCUGGAUUCGACAAAGCUGGUCGCCAAGCUCAGGGAACUCGGCUUCGAAGUGGCUGAGAUAGGUGACGCCUACAGGCAGUGUUUCAAGAGGAUGAAGGCCGCUGGGCUUGAAUGA